AUGGCCGCGUUUGUCGCAGCGUCUCUGAAUCCAUUCAAUUAUUUUGGUGGUGUGAAAUUCCGCCCUGAGACCGAUAUUCCAGACUUGAGCGAUAAGGUCAUUUUGGUGACGGGUGGCAAUGCUGGCCUCGGCAAGGAAACCGUCCUUCAGCUAGCCCAGCAUAACCCACGCAAAAUCUUCCUGGGAGCCCGAACUGAAUCCAAAGCGAUUGAAGCCAUCAAAUCCAUCAAAGCGACCAUCACCAAUGAAGUGGAAAUUGUUUGGUUACCUUUGGACUUGACAUCCACCAGGUCGAUCCGCAAUGCGGCGGAGAAAUUCCAUGCAGAAUCCGACAGACUGGAUCGACUUGUUUUGAAUGCAGGCGUCAUGGCGCUUCCACCGGGCGAGACCGAGAUGGGCCACGAGAUUCAACUGGGGACCAACCAUACUGGUCACUUUAUGCUCACCAAACUCCUCCUACCAACUCUUCAAAGGACCGCCGAGACACCGGGCUCAGACGUCCGAAUUGUAUCGCUUUCCUCGGUCGCACAUAACCUUGCUCCCUCAUUGGAGACGAUUCUCAACCAGGAGAAGCUGAAGAAGGUCAACACGAACGCACGCUACGGAGCAUCAAAGGCUGCGAAUAUCCUGUUCGCCGCCGAGCUCAGCCGCAGAUAUCCGUCUAUCACUUCCGUAUCCGUCCAUCCCGGUGUGAUUUUGACUGAUCUCUAUGGAGCGAUAAACGAUCGUGCUGCCUUGUUGAGAUGGAGUAUCAAGCUGUUGCGACUCUUUGGCUCGUCCGUCCCACAAGGUGCAUGUAAUUCACUCUGGGCUGCUGCGGGCGCAAAAAAGGAAGACCUGCACAACGGAGCAUACUACGUUCCAGUCGGCAAUUGGAAGCAACACAAUAAAUAUGUCCAGAGUGAGGAAAUGGGUAAGCGCUUGUGGGAUUGGUCUGAAGCCGAGGCUAAGAAGGCGGGUCUGUGA